AACCCUUCGACACGGCCUCGUGGAUGCUGGUGGCUCUCGUGGCUAUCCAGGUGGCCGCCGUGUCCAUCUUCCUCUUCGAGUGGCUCAGCCCCGCUGGGUACAACAUGAAGUUACAGCCGCCGAACAACCAUCGCUUCUCCCUCUUCCGAACACUGUGGAUGGUGUGGGCCAUCCUCUUCCAGGCGGCCGUCAACGUCGACUGUCCCAGGGGCUACACUGCCAGGUUCAUGGGGAAUGUUUGGGCCAUGUUCGCCCUCAUCUUUCUGGCCAUCUACACGGCCAACCUGGCCGCCUUCAUGAUCACCAGGGAGGAGUUCUACGACCUCUCAGGCAUCGAGGACCGUCGCCUGCAGAACCCCACGACGAUGAAGCCGCCCUUCAAGUUCGCCACCACACUCCACGGCAACACGGACGUCCUCAUGAAGAAGUCCUUCCCGGUCAUGCACGCCUACAUGAGGCAGUUCAACCAGUCCAGCCCCAUUGAGGGCAUCAAGGCUGUCAAGAAAGGGUGA